AGGCGCCCGGCAGGGACCUGGCGCAGCAUGGCCGCCGGCAGCCUCGUGCAGGAGCUGCACUCCAUCGGGGACAGGCUGCUGCUUAAGCUGCAGAGGCUGCCGCAGGCCGAGCCCGUGGAGAUCCUGGCUUUCUCGGUCCUGGUGGUUUUCACAGCCACUGUGCUGCUGCUGCUACUGAUUGCCUGCGGCUUCUGCUGCUGUCAGUACUGCUGUCCCAGGCGGAGAGGCAGGAGGACCCAGGUGAGACCCAUGACCCCACCGUGAGGGCCAGCAAGAUGACCGAGAAGCCGGAGUGGAGACUGCCGACGCCACGACCCAGGUGUCAGCCUGGCCCUGCAGCCCUCGCCCCUCAAGACAAAGACCCACGGCUCAGCCCUGGCCAAGCCCAGGGACCUGGACGCUGACCAAGACCUGGAGCCUCGGCAAGGACACCGGCUGUUUUGGCCACAGAACUCUCACCUGCAGGGAGCCCAGGAGGGAUCGAAGGUUUCAAAGACAGAAAACCAUCAGAGCUUCUUUGCCAACCUGCGCUUUUUAACAAAGCACAGAGAGUGGUACCCAUACUUGGAGAACAGCCCACAUCUGUGGGGAGCUGGCCCUCGGGGGUCCCACGCCAGAGAGGAGCAGGUCAAUCAGAGGGGCUCUGUGCAGGAGCUACCGGGUCCCAAGCGCCCCGCAGAGUGGGGAACAUGUGUGUUCUAUUCCAGGGUUUGCCUGCUUCUUUCCAGUAAAGGCUUUCUGGUUACGCGUU